AUGUCCCUUUCUGGUCGAACGGCCCGAAAAAAAAACAAUUUCCUCUUUGUCUUCGGAGCAAAAAAGGCAGAUGAAAACAAAAUUGAAAGUAACGGAGACUCCACUGUAUAUGUGGAGUCUUAUUUAAAGGACCACAAAAGGUAUUUUUUGAACCGAAAUUUGCUCGGCUAAAAAAUUGACUAUCAGGGAUUUUCGCGUCGGGAAAAUUCCGAAGAACAAAUGUUCUCGAUUUUUUUCGGAUAAGAAGAUUUUCCGAUUUUUUGUUCUGACCUCCCUGCAGGGAUUCCUGGACGUUAGCUGGCAAUGUGAUUCGAUACAAUGGAGGAUCAUCCCUGAUUCUACAGUCUCAAUUUCGACCUCCACCUCGAAAACAACAUGUAAGUUAAUAUUUUAGUGUUUUUGGCUAUUUUAGGUAAUUUUUAAGGUGGUGAAGCACGAAAAUGAGUUGAGUUCCAAAAUUACCCAUCCAGGGGUGCUGUUGGUCGAGUUUUUGAGAAGAUAGACUCAAAAAUUUUGACCAGGACACCUAGUAUAAUAUCGUUUUUUCCAGGAAUUAAAUCCAGAUGCAGCCAGACGGCUCAAAGUUGCACUACGAGGACAUACUGAAGCCUCCGAAGAGAUUUUUGACCUGUUUAAAGUAAUGGAGAUUCAAUAUUCGACUUGA